GACCCGUCGGAGAGGAUCGAAGACUUCAACUGGGGUGAACUCGAAGACCGAUACCAUGAAGCUAUGGACAAGAACAUAGAUGUCGAGCAACAGCUCACGGAAGAGUGGGCCAAUCUCAUGAAUUUCUUCAGUAUAUGGCAAGAUGCCAGCAAGCACCACGAGGUCGACCGCUCGUUCAGACGCCUUCGGACCCGGAUGGCUCACGUGCAAAACUCGGAAGAGAAUCUCGAAAAAACGAGGAAUCACUACAUCCAUGUUGUCAAGGCCUUCGAGAGUGCGUUAGAUCUGCUC